UGUUAUAAGUAAUUAUUACAAAAUGUGUGUGUAUGUGUGUGUUUGUAAAAGUAAAGAUAAUAAAAGGUAGUAGUAGGCCAAGAGAGAUGAUGCAUUGCGAUCGAUAAUUCCUACGAAUUUGUAACGUGAGCGAGUGAAUGGGUGAAUGGGUGUAAUGGUUCGAUUCGUGCCACUCUCGGCGUCGUGCUAAGCGCGAUCUAUAUGCGAUAGAGCGACAUAGUGAUAGUGAUAUAGAUAGAGACGUAUGGAGACGUAGAGAUACGGUCCAGUCGGAGCAAAAAGUGCGACUGCGGUUAGUAGAAAAAAGUAAGUAGGAGGAAAAUAAGAUGCCUGGACAUAAAUGAAAGUAAGUAAGCAGUUCUCCGGCGUUCCAGUUUUCAACUGGGCGUUGUCCCCGUGAAAUAGUUGCAUUUCACUCUCGUUCCCAAUGAUGGACGAUAAUUGUGCAAGGUUAAGUGAGUACGACAGCUAUGAGAUGGUUAAAGCUUUGUACGACUUCAAGGCCACAUUUGCCAAGACCCUUAGCUUUCGGGAGGGUGAAUAUUUUAUUUUACUGCAGCGUAAUAUCAAGCAGAAAAAUUGGUGGCAAGUUGUUAAUAGAGGCGGCCAUCUGGGCUACAUACCAUCUAAUUAUGUCACCGCUGUAAAAUUUAUAUUGAUUGUCGAUUACCAGGUACAAUCUCAAUUCAUGAUUGACUUUUUGGAAGACUGUAUAAUAACUCUGGAGACAGAACUUAGCAAACAUAGUGACUCGCUGCACACAGACAAGCAAGAGCUUCUGGCAAAGUUAGUAGAAAGGAAAAGACAGGUUGAAUUAAAUAGAAAACCUAAAAAGCAAGCGCCUAAACCACCGCCAGAUGUGGAAGAUAGCAUUACAGCCAAAGAAACACAAUCAACUGUUGCCUGUGACAGUACAGAGACAGAUAUUGGACUAGCACCAAGUAACACUUCUUAUGCAACAGCGCAAACUACCUUUCACACUGAUGCCAAUGUAGAUGUCAUUCAAACAAUUGCACAGUGUCAACGAUCGAGUGGAAAUGAACGACGCUUACAAACAUUUCCACGUCAAUCAUCUUCUGACACUGUGCAGAAAAUUCAGCCACAGAUCACGGAAGUACGUAAGAGUUCUUCCCAAGGCAGCAUAAAAAAUGUGCGCGGUGGCUCGCCGGCAAAGAGCAACUCGCCUGCCAAGAGCGGCUCACCGGCUAAGAACAACUUGUCGUUACAAGCCAUCAAUUCACGAACUGCAUACCAGCUGCUCGAUCAAGUACGCAAAAAUACUCAACUCAGUCAUGAAAUGUCAAAGGUAGCAGUUACAGUCGUAGUAUCUGGCCUGCGGCAGUUGCUACCAGAAACUGUAAGUCACUAUUUCGAUGCUUUGCUGCAUCAGCUACAAACACCACUGACUGUAUCAAAGAUGAGUAUAGAAGAAACUUACGAUGCUAAUAGGUUGAAAAUAAUUUUCACCGAGUUGACAUCGUGUAAAGAAGAUUCACAGCAAAGAAGUUGGAUGCUUUAUGAGGAUGAAUCUAUCAUCGUAGAAUAUAUCAAAGAGUUGACUGAAAUAUUGACAAACGCUGACGCAAACGUGUCGAGAUACGUUUUAAGACAAGAUCGAUACAACGGAGUAACGAUAUUGAUACAAUAUUAUCAAAUGGAAACGAGAUGGACCAUUAGACAAUUGUUGUUGCAAUCGUUUGGUGUUAUGUGCAGUUUAGAUCCAGUGGUUCUAACUAUAAUGUUAAAUAGCAUUUUACCAAUGGAAUUAGCAAGAGAUAUGAAAAGUAAUCCCAGAAAUGUACUGAGAUUAAAUUACUCAUCUUUACUACUCACAAUGAUCUUCUCGAUGGGUGAGCCCAUGCCAGUUACGCAUUUAGAACAACUUGGUCCAGACUUCAUAUCAUUCCUUUUGGACCUAAUAGAAACACCACCUGAUACAGAUUUAGAGGAUCAAAUUCCAGACCUGUUCGUAAAUUUAAUAUUAUCCUACAAUCUGCAAUUUACAACCUCUGAAAAUAUAGUUCUAAAUGCCUUACGAGAACGGACUGUGGCCAAAACUUUCACUGAAAAAAUUUUAUUCCUUUUUAACAGAGAAGAGGAUCCGGUACGGAUAUUCGAUCACGAGCCACAUCCACCGCAUUCUGUGUUAAAACUCUUUAUCGACCUAUUCAGUAACGACGUUGUAGCAAGUCUCUUCUACACCAAUGACGUGAAAGUCCUUAUUGAUAUUAUACUACGGCAGCUUUUCGACAUGUUCCCAGCGUCGACAAUACUUAGAGCUCUGUCGUCGAGUUCUACGUACGUCGAGUUAUAACGAGCACCGUCAUCGAUCGGAAGAUUUAUUAAAAUGUUUUACCAGGAUAUUCUGUGAGGAAACAGCAGAAAGUCAAGAGGAUCAACAAGUAGUACGUGAAAUUAGCAACGAAUUUCCACAUUUGUUCCAAAUGUGACAUUUAAUUUCAUCCUCUGAUCAAGAUUUGGAAGAGGAUGAUCUGCAAACUCUCGUCUAAGCAAAUCUUUAAAAUUUGUUUAAGGUAAAAAAGAAUCAAAUUUGCGACGAAUUUUAUUAAACUUCAUGACUUGUUCCUUAUCUGUCUUCUAUUAUAUUCAGUAAAAGAUAUAAUAGUAAAAUGCACAUUGUUCGCAGAAUAUUUAAUGAUAUAAAAUAUUUUAUGACUGCCAUAAAAAUAUUUCCAUUUAGUUGGUGCUACAUCACUUGUAGAUAGGGAAAAUUGUAAUUGUUUAAUCUAAAAAUAAGUCCUUUCCACUCUUAUCGUGAGGACCACUAAUAUCUAAAAACAUUCCAACACUUUAAUAGCUAAAAUUAUAUAUCUUUAAUAGGGUAAUUAAUCAUUCUGCAAUAGAUAAUUGAAUGGGGUAAUUUAUAUAUAGAGAUCAUAUUGAAAUGAAAUUUCAUAUGAACAUAUAGAACUGAAUAUGCGCAUCUCUGUGUGUAUUGUUAAAGAAUGGGGAAACUAAUUAAAAUUAUAAUAUUAUUUCUCCAUAGUCUAGUCCGCAUAUCUAUGUAUGUCAGAAAGAUAUUCUAAGUCAUAGAAAUUAAAUUUUAGCUUGUACAUUACUUUUCAGAGAGAUAUAAAUACUUUUAUUAGCUAGACUACUCUUUGACUAAAUAAACAAUGCUGUUAUUUUGCGAAUGGCUCCAUCAUACAUCUUUAUAUAAAAAGUAAAAUAUUAGAUAAAAAUUCUUACAGGAAUUUGUAAGACUUAUUAGGUGCCACUGCAAUCAGUAAACUUGCUAGUCUAUGAUUAGUGACUAUAUUUUUUGAAACAUGUUAUUCUACGUUAUGUUUGCAACUACUAAUAUGUCAAUUAUAAAGGAAUCUCAAGUUUAUUGUGAUUAUAAUCGAACGUUGAAUAAAUAAAAAAGUUUAGCUCAUAACUAACACAGAA